CUCACACCCACACACUCACACACAGAAACACUUCCUCCAGCGCUGUUACAACGCGCGCCGUCAUUUGGCCUCCUUGAUGGUUGCCAUGGAGAUGUCAUUGAUAAGGUGGACGAACUGAUUUCCCUUUCUGCGUGGAACCAAAAGAAGUGCUGCGUGCAGACGCAGAGCGGCGCUGAGGCACGCCAGCAUCCUCCAUCCGUCGCCGGAACAGCAGGUCCAUGUCUGCAGCACGCAGCCGAACCUGACGGCCCGCAAGCCGACGUCUGAACUCACCAUCUGGGACUGGGAGUGAUGGAAGGCGAAGCCUACCUUCCAGGUGUCGCCGCAGACUCAGCCAAUCCGCUGUUGAGAGCGGUUUUCCUCCGCCGGCUGAGGCUCACUCGCCUGCUCUUGGAGGGAGGAGCUUACAUCAAUGAGAGCGACGGUCAAGGUCACACACCGCUGAUGGUGGCCUGCAGGACCAGAUACGCUGAUUCCCAGAGCGCCAGCCGGGUCAAGCUCAUCCAGUUUCUUCUGGAGAAAGGCGCCGACCCCAACAUCCAAGACACUGAGGGGCGGUCUGCGCUCAUGCACGCCUGCAGGGAGCAGGCCGGGCCCGAGGUGGUGUCCCUGCUCCUGGACAACGGGGCCGACGUCAGCCUGCAGGACCGGUCGGGAUCAUCGGCUCUGGUCGACGCGGUCACGGCUGGAGACUGGAAGGUGCUGAAGCUGCUGCUGGACUCGUGCAAAGCCAAAGGGAAAGAGGUGAUCAUCAUCACCACCGACAAAAUCCCAAACCAGACUAAAUCCCAAACAAAAGCGAAGCAGUACCUCAGCAUCCCCCCCACCGAUCCGGCAAAUCAGAGCCACAGAUUCCUGCUGACCGCUCCCACCUCUCCAUCGGAAAUCCAGCUCCUCACCUCGCCAUCGGGCUCAUUGUCCACACCCAUCUUUACCUUUAAAGACGAGCAGAUCUGUCGGGUAAACUCCCACCCGUGUUCCCCGUCCCGCCAUCGGGGGCUGGGUCAAGCAGCAGCCAGCGGACAACCGCAGCACCUGCUGAGGCUGAACUCUGAGCCCUGGCUGAAGAUCCCAGCAUCGAUCAGCCAGCAGCCUCACACGGGCCUCAGCCACACUGAGGAUGUCUCUGUCCGAGUUCCCAAACUGGACCAGAACUUCAACACAAACUCUGAAUGCCAAAAAUGGUGGAAAGGUGAUGACAAAAUGGACUGUACACAAAAGAUCGCGGUACCUGGCCUGCUGUCGUCCCACUCUGCCUCUCACCCCAAUCUGAAUUCUGAAGUCCUCGCUGCAUAUUCAGUCCACUCUUCCUCCAGUCUUUUGGGCGGUAAAAAGCUGGACACUGCUCCUCACGCCUCAUCAAGUCUUUGUAGUGUAGUCCAGAAGCGUCAGCUUGGAGCAGAUAUCUACAGCUCUGAUCCCCAGCUAGCCCGAGAUGUUCUGAACCUGCCAGAGGAGCAGAGAACCAGAGAUUCACCGAACGGAAAGAAGCUGGCGCCUUUACGCUGCUCCAGCACGCUGGGCUCCAGAGAGGCGCUGUCCACCCACAACAAGAGAGUCCUGUUUGGACACGAGCGCAGAGGCUCUGGGACCUUCUUACUGGACCGAAACCUCCAGGCCAGACCUCGGUCCCUGCCCCCUUUGAUCAACACCCCCAGCCUCAAUGUUCUCAGUGCCAUCCCUGGGUCAAACAUCUACGAAAAAGAGUCCAUCCAGAGAGGGUUCCUGCCCUCCGCUCCACCGGGACAGCCCAGAGAUCUGACCCGGAGGACGCUCCUGAGGAGACACUCCAUGCAGACGGAACAGUUCAAAAGCUCCGUCUGACCUGCAGCAGUACCGAGGAACCAAACCCACCACGACUGAGCUGGGAAAGUCCUUUUAAUUCCACAAAUUGCUGCAAAUGGAAGAAAUCUGUGGCUUUGCUGUUGCUUUUUUCCAUUUUCAGCAUCUUUCAGGAAUCAUUUUUCCUCCAGAAACUCAACAGGAGCCCAGUUUGACUUUAAAAAGCGGCCAGACGUUUCACUUUCGUGUGAACAUUGAGAUUAGAAAGCAAAUUGGGUGUUUGGCAAAGUCACAUGAUCAGGAGGAGACUUUGACGUGGUGUACCUGUUCACCUGCAGGGUUUUUUGUGACGUAUGGAGAGGGUGGGCGGGUCCUGGUAUUCACUGUUGAGCGCUUAAUUUGUCAGGCUUGCCUGAAAUGAUUUUGGAAACUUUAGGAAGAGGUUUUGUGGUUGUUACAUAUUUGUUUGUUCAAAAAUAAAAAAUAAAGACUUUGGUGGUCA